AGCACACCACAAAGACUGACCAAUUCAGGGAGUGUUCUGAUUGGGAGUCCAUAUAACCCAGCUCCAACCAUGGUCACACAGACACACAUUGCGGAAGCUUCCGGAUGGGUCCCAGGGGACCGAAAACGGACUCGAGAAUUUAUAGAGUCAGAUUUUUCAGAGAGUAAGAGAAGCAAAAAAGGAGAUAAAAAUGGGAAGGGUCUGAGGCAUUUUUCAAUGAAAGUUUGUGAAAAAGUUCAGCGCAAAGGAACAACUUCAUACAACGAAGUCGCUGAUGAGCUGGUGUCAGAAUUCACAAAUUCUAACAGCCACCUGGCUGCAGACUCGCAGGCUUAUGAUCAGAAAAAUAUCAGACGGAGAGUUUAUGAUGCCCUUAACGUCCUGAUGGCAAUGAACAUCAUCUCAAAGGAGAAGAAGGAAAUCAGAUGGAUUGGCCUUCCUACCAACUCAGCUCAGGAAUGUCAGAACCUAGAGAUAGAAAAGCAGAAGCGGAUGGAAAGGAUAAAACAGAAGCGAGCCCAGCUACAGGAACUGCUGCUGCAGCAAAUAGCAUUCAAAAACUUGGUACAAAGAAAUCAACAAAAUGAACAGCAGAACCAAGGCCCUCCAGCUUUGAACUCCACAAUACAGCUGCCUUUCUUAAUAGUCAACACUAGCAAAAGAACAAUUAUAGACUGCAGAAUAUCAAGUGAUAAAUUUGAAUACCUCUUUAAUUUCGAUAACACUUUUGAGAUUCAUGAUGACACUGAGGUGCUGAAGAGAAUGGGAAUGUCCUUUGGGCUCGAGGAAGGCAAAUGCUCAGCUGAGGACCUAAGAACUGCAAAAUCACUGGUGCCAAAAGCUUUAGAAGGCUACAUCACAGAUAUGUCUGCAGGAUUUUCAUGGAUCAACCAAGGGUUACUUUCAAGUUCAGCACAAGCAGUUUCACAUUUAGAGGCAGCUGGAGACACUUACGAUGCUAAAUCAAGUGAGAAUCCAGGGUUGUGUUUGGAUGCUGAAGUGGCCUUAGCAACUGGGCAGCUUCUUGCCCCUAGCAGUCAGCAAUCCAGCACGGCAGCGUCGCGCUACUCGGAGUCCCGCGGUGAAACACCUUGCUCCUUCAAUGAUGAGGAUGAAGAGGAUGAAGAUGAGGAUUCUUCCUCCCCAGAAUGA